CUCCGCCGUUGAAGUUAGAACAACAGCGUCUACACGGUAGUGGUGGGCCCAUGGCAGAUCCCAAAGCUCCACGGGUGCCUCCGGCACCACUGUACAAGCAGAAGUCAUGGUCUCCUGACAGCCACCGCGAGGAGGCGUGGUUAAAGCGGAAGAGCAGUCAUCGCCUGAGAAGCGGCCGCAGCAAGAGCGUUACGGACGAGGACUUAGAUGAACUCAAGGCAUGUUUCGAGUUAGGGUUUGGGUUUGAUUCUCCGGAUCGCAUAGAUCCGAAAUUGUCGCAGGCCUUUCCGGCUUUGGAAUUCUUUUGUGCUGUUAAUAGACAGUACAGUGAUCGAUUGUCUAGGUCUUCGUCUUUGUCGUCGACGAUGAGUUUGGACUCCGAAACGACGUCGUCGUUUGUUGCAAGCCCUAGCUCUAUUCUCGACCCAGGUGAUGAUCCGAAUAAGAUGAAGACGAAAUUGAAGCAGUGGGCACAGGUGGUGGCUUGUUCUGUGCGACAAUCUUCGCCAAGAUAAUCUUGAUCCGAAGGAAGAUCACAAUUUCAUUCAAUUUAGUUAUCUAGAAUUAGAGGUUUCUUCUUCUUCACCUUCUUCUUUGCUUGAACUUUUAAUUGUUUUGUAAAUAGAAUUAUUCUUGGAUCUUAUUCUUGUUGUUCUAGUGAUUGGA